GUUUGACAAACAAACCAGACAGGAAGAGCUCUGUUAGAAAUUUGGUUUUGCAGUCUUGAAAUACCCUUGAGGUAUUUGUCACAGCUACUCUAUAUGUACAUAAAGAUGGGAAGAAACGCGUUAAUAUGUAAAGAUUGUUACGCGCAGAGCAUGGACAGCUGUACACAACAAGAGCGACCCCCACCCCCGAAGAAACCAGGGUUAAAGUUGACAGGAAGCUGGGGGGCUGCCAUUUUUCCCUGGUGCUACUGCUAACGAUGCUAAAACUGCGAGAGGAGAGGUGGAUUUGGGAUUUUUAGCCUCAAGAAAGCAUUUAAUCCAAAUCGUUUGUUAAACAUAAUUCUUCAUUCAGCUCCUGUCGCCAAACAACCAUAAAUAUUGGAUGAAUCCGGCAUGGAGAAGGUAGCUGAGCCGUCUUGGACCUCUUCGUACACCUAUCAGGUGAGCAAGCACAGCACGGAGAUGCUACACAACCUGAACGCACAGAGGAAAGAUGGAGGCAGGUUCUGCGAUGUGGUCCUUCGCGUCGGUGAGGAGAGCUUCCCGGCUCAUAAAGCUGUGCUGGCGGCUUGCAGCGAGUACUUCGAAUCGGUCUUUAGCCGCCAGUCGGAAGGCGACGCCAAGGAAUUGGAGAUGCACACAAUAAGCCCAAAAGUCUUUAAAGACAUUUUGGACUUUGCGUACACCUCAAGAAUAGUUGUACGUCUGGAGUGCUUCCCUGAGUUGAUGACAGCUGCCAAGUUUCUGCUCAUGCGGUCUGUCAUUGAGAUCUGUCAGGAGGUGAUCAAACAGUCCAAUGUGCAGAUCCUCGUGCCCACGUUACGGGGAAGCGAUGCCAGUCUGUUCCAAAUUCAUACAGAGCCCCCGGCGCUGAGCUUGUGUGUGACUCCGCAGGAUCUGAUCAACGGGAUGGGAAUGCAUCUCGUGAACGGACAAACGCCAACUGACCUGGAUGGCAGCGAAACCUCUGCUGCUGUACUACUGGAGGACCCCGGAGAGCCGAUCAUGCCCACUUUACAGCCUGUAGAUGGGCUCUCCCCCACCAUGGAGAUAGCAGGGGCCAUGCUCCAUCAUGACAAUGGUGCCCCAAGCUCCAAGCGGAAUAAGAGCAGCCCGAAGAAACCCGGAGUGGACACUGUACAUUUGGAUCAACAGAAAGACAUCGGUCUGUUUCCUUGCAGGACUUGUGGUAAAGCUUUCACAGAGGCUUCACGCUUAAAAAAUCACGAGGCCCAGCAUGGGGCGUCCAGUGGAAGUGUCACCAGUCUCGCAGCCCCAGGCGGCCUCAGUCUGGUGGAGAACGGGGUGCAGUUGCACGGAGCCCUGGCGCUGGACAACAGCCGUAAGCGAGAGCGGACCCGGCGGCAUGUGGGCUGUGACAUUUGUGGCAAAGUGUUCCGGGACGUAUAUCACCUGAACAGGCACAAACUCUCACACUCUGGGGAGAAACCGUACGCUUGCCAUGUUUGUGGACUCCGGUUCAAGCGCAAGGACCGGAUGUCCUAUCAUGUGCGCUCACACGACGGCUCUGUGGGCAAGCCGUACGUGUGCCAAAGCUGUGGUAAAGGCUUUUCAAGACCAGAUCAUCUAAAUGGACACAUAAAACAGGUUCACACAACAGAGAGACCUCACAAGUGCCAGAUUUGUAAUGCCUCUUUUGCAACAAGAGAUCGCCUUCGCUCACACCUUGUAUGCCAUGAAGAUAAAAUUCCCUGUAAGGUUUGUGGAAAGUUUCUUCGAGCUGCCUACAUGACGGACCACCUCAAAAAACACAGUGAAGGACCUCAUAACUUCUGCAGCAUUUGUAACAAAGAUGGACAAGAAAACACAGACAAAUGCCCACAUCUGGAGUCUGAGGAAUCAGACCCUUCAUUUGGAGAACUUUCAAAUGGAGAUGAACUGAAAUCUCCACACAAGUCUGAUGUGCCAGACAUCGAAAUGCCUACAUUAGUCUGCAAUGGCACCUCUGCAGGGACCUUGGGCUCUCCUGAGCCCAAAGCAAAGACCGAACCUGAGAAGAAAUUUAUCUGCAACAUCUGCGGCCAAGCCUUCCGCACCAAGUCCUACCUCAACAAGCACCAGCACAGAGUCCACAAACAGAAGGCCCAGGCAGGGUCUGGCCUGGGUGACCUAGCUCCUGCCUUGUCCUCUCCCUUCUCCCCUCAGCAGAACAUGUCUCUGCUCGAGUCCUUUGGCUUUCAGAUUGUGCAGUCUGCAUUUGCCUCUUCUCUGGUGGACGCAGACGCAGGUCAGAGCGGGCUUGACUUUGGAGGCAAGUGACACAGCUCACAUUUUGUAGCUUCUUUAUUUAUAGAGCAAUGCUUCACAGAAAACUUUGUAUUUGGGACUACCUUACACUUCUUUUGCGUGUCUACAGCUGCUUUCACUUGACAACUUUGAGACUGCCACAAAAUAUAUAUUUUAUAACCUGUUCAUGUAAUGUAAAUUAUGUAAUUUUCUUUUAAAAGGCAACAUGAAGACUUUGUUUUGUUAAUCAUUUGCAUAUAAAACAUAUGGGCUUGACUUGACUGUGUGCUUUCCAGCUGAAGUAAAAGUGCCCAGCUGAAUUAUCUGAUUUAUUCACUUUGUACCCAGAGCAUUUAAAGGGCUCCAUUUUGGGUUCAUGCUUGAAAAUAUUUUUCUUUUUAGAAACUGUGAGCUUUAUUUAUAAUAGUCUCAUGGCAUGUUUCCUUUUGUGUGGUGGUCUUUAUUAAUAUAUAACUGAAUCAGCCGAUAUUACGCGAAUGACAUCCACAGCAGUUAUUGUGUGCAACAUAUAAUUCAUAUUUUAGGCUUUAUUAGAAAAAUAAUUGAGUAUAGACACACUUGAGUUUGUGAAUUCCAGGUGAAUUUAUUUGACUAAUAAUAGGUGUCAUAAUCUACUGUGCAGUUUUUGCCAAAAUUGAAUUUGUUGAAACAAACAAAAAAAAAAAAAAGGCACUCUUCAUAUGUUAAAAAUGUUUUGUUUUCCCUGAGCCCCUACAGGGCGUAGUGCCCGUUGGUUUCGCAUCGGUGAGUGCAUGGGCGACAAUAGGAGGACAAUAGGAGGUCAGUAUGCAACUCUGACAAGAUGGUGAAUGCAUGCUCGAUAUUCACAGUUGACCCGACGGUGACGUGGGGAAUGUUGAGAGCUUUCAAAAAACAUAAAUGCUAUUGCCGUGGCAACGGAUGCAUUGUUUUAUUUUUGCUAAAAAAAAAAAAAAAAGAUUUUUUAUUGAUUUACUCUUGUUCUUCUGUUUGUUUGCCCAGCAAUUUGACCCCUCCUAAACUUGUUCUGAAAUUUAGACAAAAUUUUGUGUGUUACUCAUUGUGAAAGAAAAAAAAUGUGGUGAUAGCACCCUCUACAGAGUAACAAAUACAUUUGUAUGGAGGGCUGAAAAUGUGUUAUGAAAUAUGAGAUUUUACACAAAAGUCUAUUUGGUCA